AUGGCGGUCAGACUUGUCCAAUUUUCUUACAUCACUUUUCGCGCGCUCGCGGAAAGAGUAGUCUGACUGAUAUAACUCCAUGUAAAAUCUGGAGGUUUUAAAGAGCGAGAGUUGUAAAAAAAAAACAGGAACUUUAUCAUAUUCUCUCUUCAAGCUGUUUAACUUAAACCUAAAUUACGUUCAAUAUAAUGCAGUGGGUACGAUCGUUACUAAAUGUCUUCGGACGAACAAGACGACUUGUAGGAACCGAUCUCCAUGGAAAUGAAUAUUAUGAAACCAUCCGGCAGGGAAAAAAGCCUAAGAGGGAGAUGAUCACCAAAAUGAAUCCAAUGGAAUACACCCCUGGUUUAAUUCCCAUUGAGUGGGAGGCGUGGAUCCGAGGGAAACGAGAACGUCCCCCGACACAUGAAGAACUCAUAGCCGAACAGAGGAGAGUUAAAACGCUCCAAGAAAGAGCAAAGCAAGUGGAAGAGAAGGAUAAAGAACGGCAAGCUUUGGAGCAGGAAACAUCACAGGCAGCAGCUCAAAUUGGCCACGCCUCAGCUCCCUUGUACGAGAGUCUGGAUAAUAGAACACAACCUAUAAGCACUGGGACGACUUUUCAACCUGGGGAGUGGAUUCCUGAGUCUGAUCCAAAUGAAUCUUCUAGUGGAAAGGAGGGUGGAGAAACGUUUGAGCCGCAGUCUUGGGUACCUCCUGGUGAUAAAUCUCCUGUGAAGUGAGUGGUGAUACAGAAACAGCAAUAAGUCAUUCGUUAGCUUCCCUUAGUGAGUGGUAACCUCUGAGGAUCCUCUGACAUUUUUCUCUAAUGUUAAACCAACCUUCAUAAAUCCACUUGGGUAUGGAGUUGAGGAACUCCUAUCAUGGCUAAAAAUCAGGACUCUAGUAUUUGUUUUACCUAGGACUUUCUGUCAUCAAGUUCACUUUCCUUUGCAAUGUAACUUGUGCUAUUGAAAUCAUAUUUUACUUUAUACUUUCUAUGUCUGUUCUUGUGCAGCUUAACAUCUUGUAAACAAGAAACAAACAGACUCUCCAAUUAUUUGCGGUACAAGAAUUCUUGUGGAAAUUUAUUCUUAGAAGAUCCCAUGUUAAUCCUUUAACUCCCAGAAGUUAUUAACAAGUAACUUCUCCCCACAGUAUCCAUGCACUAUUCAGCAAACAGGUAAUGAGAAUACUCAAGUGUAUCAGGUGGAAAUUGUUAUCCUGAUCUAACACCAAAUUCUCAUAACUUAUUUACAUGGAAAUAUGUAGCAGCUAUAGGGGAGAAUUGACAAUCAGAUCAUGGGAGUUAAAGGGUUAAAGACAAUCAGUUUCUAACCUUCUACUACAAGGUGUGGUCACUCUCUCUCUCUCUCUCUUAUUUUAUAUCCUGGAGUAAGAAAGGGACUGUUUUUCUUGCCUAAAAUGGGCAGAUUUGAAUGAGACCUUGAAGACAAGGUUGGAUUUGAUUUCUUCAAGACAUUGGUGACAUUUGUCUUA